CAGUCUGCGACAGCAUUGUAGCCGUAAAGCUCUUUAUACAAGACGGUGCUGUUGUUCGCAAAGCAACUUAUUCUGUUGAAAAUAUGCUUUCGUUUUUAUUCGCUUGACGGUUUUUACAACUUAAAUGUUGCAUAGUUUGCGUUUUUAUUCGCGUUUUCGAGCUCGUUAUUAGACAAUAUAGUACCUUGCUUUGAUCAACACUCGUGAAAAAUGAGUUCCACCACACACGUAAUUCAGGUGACCAACGUUUCACCUAGCACAACUUCUGAACAAAUGAGAACCCUGUUUGGAUAUCUCGGAACCAUAGAGGAACUUAAAUUGUUUCCACCUGAUGAUUCUCCCUUGCCUGUGACUUCACGUGUCUGUUUUGUAAAAUUCCUUGAGCCCGAGUCAGUGGGAGUCUCCCAGCAUCUUACAAACACCGUCUUCGUGGACAGAGCUUUGAUUGUGGUCCCUUUUGCUGAAGUGGACAAGUCAUUUGCAGAGAGCCCCUUCCUUGCUGGCUGAAAGUGGUCCUGCUACCGUCAGGGGAUUAGAAAAAAAUAUUGGGACCAGGCUCGAGAGCCUCAUCUCUCUCUCUCUCUCUCUCUUGUUCUACAGUUGUAUGUUUUUUUGUUUCUCUACUUAAAUAUUUUUUCUUUUUUUAUUUAAAAGGAAAUUUGGUUACAAUCUUUGAAUCAAACCAGGGGGUGUAGUGUCAGUCACAUGAUCACACAGUAAAUGUGUCUGUAAGUGGGUAUUCUCAACGACAAGAAGCAAUACUGUGUAUCUUUACAUUUGGAUGUACCCGUUUGAACAGAUGCAUUUGGAUUUUUAAGUAAUAUCCACAAAAACAAAACCCCGGCCAUUUUCGUCUGUUGCAGUGUUUCACAGAUGCUCACUGCAAAGAUUUUAAAACAUCACCAGCCUUCAAAACAUGAAUGAUCUCAGUUUGUUCACCUGUCAUCACAAAAGAGCUUUUACAUGUUUGUCCUUUUAUAAUGGUGCACAUCAGAAAGCGUGGAAUGUCCUGCUCUUCUUUACAGGUUUUCAUUACUUUCUGACUGGGCCUAUUUACUAGAGUGGGUUGGUUAAGGCAGCAUAUCAACAUCCAAACAAAAACACCAGAGCAACCACUUGCUGUGAACAUGUUGCACCAUGAUGAGCAUCUCCAGAGCAUUGAGCACAGGUCUAAUGAGCAGGUGAAACCUGCAUCUCAUCUUAUCUAGUUUUAUUUGAUAAUUAGGCCAAAUAACUAUGUUAUUAACACUGAAUGUAGACUUUAUCAUGUGUUUCACAUCGGGGCACUUUUCCUUUUUUAUGAGUGCCCGUUGUGUCUGACAGUUUUUAUAAUAUGAAAAAGAUUUACAUAUUUGAAAAUCUUAAUGCCUGGGUUUUCAGCAUUAAUAUCCUCAAGAUGGUCUGUAAAUACAUUGAUCUGUUUAUGGGGAAUUAAUUUGUAGUUUUGGUAGAACAGAGACUGGGACUCACAGUAUCAACUGGUCUUGGUUUCAUUUCUCAGCCUGAGGCAUUUGAGUAGAUUUCCGCUUUUUGAUUGCCUCUGGGUGAUCUGCAUCCCAAAUUCAUUUCUCAAUGGAAAGGAGAACUUUGUUCUACUGUCUCAUCAAGGAACUCAUGACAUGUGUAUUUCUGCUGUUCUGCUUUUCUUCUUUGGAACUUUGAUCUUUAACUGGAGAAUAGUUCAUUAAGUCAAAUAUGGAACCAGUUUAUCAGAUCACCUUUUAUAUAAAUUUGGUAAAAGUUGCUGCUCUCCUUCCACAUCUUUGAUAUCAUCAGGUGUUAGACAGAGGGCACUUAUAAAUGGGAGCAGUGCCUCCAUGCUGGCUAUAAUAUUUGGUUUAGGGAUCCUCCCUUUCAUGAGUGUUUUCUAACUUUGCUCCUUAAGCACCCCAGGUCUGCAUGUUUGACCUUUAUUCUCCCCAUUAUCCCAGAUCUGAUUCAACGUCUGCAGAGCUUCAUCCGGUGUGUUGGAUAGGGAGAAAAAGUAAAAACGUGCAGGGCAGGUGUACUUGACGACCAAAGUUGGGGAAACUCCAAAAAUAGGUUUAUUAGUGGAACCAAAUGAUCGUUGAAGUAAAGUUUGGAGCUAGCAUGUUCGGGUAAUCCUGUCACAAAGUGCCAAGCGUGUGACAUUGAACAGAACUGCAUGUAGAACCAAAGUGAAUCACAAAGCUACAACCAAUUGAAGAAUGGUUUCAAUUCUGUAAAGAGGUGUUCAGGUUGUGUUGUGGAUUUACAAGCCUCUUUGAUACAGCGUUAACUUCAAAUACACACACUGAUGAUGCUGUAACAAUACUCUAAGAAACUGAUCCUCUCCAGACGUAACUGACUGAGUUGAGUGAUUUUUCAAGUUUAACCGUGGUGUUUUCUUUUGUUGUUGUGUUUUACAGUUCUUUUUCCUGGUUCAGCCAGCCCCCUUAUACCAGGCCCUGCUGAAAAUGCCACCAACAGUUUUGUCUUCUGCAGCUUUAUCCCGUUUCCCGUGUCUUUUUCUGUUUUGUGUGUUUGUGGGGGACGGGGGGGCAUGAGUGUCUCUUCUCUCUCUCUCUUUUAUUUUUAGUUAUCUUAAAUUUGCAAAAGUCAGAUUUAAAAUGGUCUGUUUUCAGAUUCAUGGAUGAUCACCACUUUAGAAGUUGAUUGUAUUUCUCUUCAACAUUGAUAAUAAUGUUCAGGGUUUUGUCAAUAGCAGCCCUUUAUGGCUUAGUGCAAAAUCUUUUUUUGACUUAGUUUCGCAGUGUUUCCUAAAUCCUUAAAGUACCAUGACUAGCAGUACUUCUGAUGGUUGCAAAUGUAUUUAUUUUAACAUGGUGGAAAUGCUUGUGUGCAUCAACAUGAGGCUAGAAACAUGUCAAAUGACUGAUCCUUUGCUCUUUUGUACUAGUCAUGGUAAGUAAUGUUGAAAUGUACCCUUUUGUCUACACCCAAAUCAUGAACUUUGUUUUUCUGUAUCUCGAUGUUUUUGUGUGCUUUUAUAGCGAAGCAGCCGGCGUGAGUCGCUUGUUCAUAAAACAUCUAAUGAAAGUUGAGAGCACAUCCCACGGGACAACUGGCUGUGCUUGCUAACGUUUGGUUCAUGACUUAAAAAACAAGUACAGGUGAUAACAUCUUGGCAGUGUUGACAACAGUGUGUAUUGUGACAUUUAAACUCAUUGCUGCUAAUCUUAGAAUUGUGCUUUUACAAAAAAAAAAAAAAAAGAACAGUCAGGAUUCAAGAUUUACAGACAAGACAUCCAAGCAGUGGAUUCUUAUGUAUUUGAUCAGUUUCCACUGCAGAGUAGUUGCACUGAGGUGGCUUGUCUGCAAGUCUUGUCUGAGUGUUGUGGACGUUUUCUGGAAGCGUGCGCUGAAAUUUUGUCGUUUCUCUCCAGGAGUCAUUCCUGAUGAAUCUAAAGCUAUGUCGCUGCUGGCUCCAGCCAAUGCUGUGGCAGGAAUGAUGCCUGGAGGCGGUCUUCUUCCAACGCCCAAUCCUCUAGUGUCGAUUGGAGCAACACCUUUUGGAGGCCUUGGAGCUGCAAGCCUUGAUCCAAUGGCUGCCAUGGGACUUGCAGGACCUGGCAUGAACCCCCAGGCAAUUUCUGCAGACUUGCUGAAGCUCAUGCAGUCCAUGGAUCCUAAAUUGAAUCCAUUGGCAGCUGGAUUAAACUUGAAUCUAGGUCUGAAGGCAGAUUCCUCCAACAAGGAGAUUGAAGAGGCAAUGAAGAGAGUUAGAGAGGCCCAGUCUCUCAUUUCUGCAGCCAUCGAACCUGGAAGUAAAAAAGAUGACAAGCGCAAACAUUCCCGCUCUCGCUCCCGGUCAAGACGCAGAAGGUCCAGGUCUCGCUCAAAGCACAGGCGUUCAAGGAGCAGGUCUCGACGUAGGUCUCAUUCAAGGAGCAGGAGGAGGUCUAAAAGCCCAAGAAGGAGGGGGACGCACUCUCUGGAUAGAGGCCAUCGCACCAGAUCCAGAGACAGGAGAAAGGAGGAAAAGUCUAAAAAAAGAUCCAAGACGCCCCCGAAAAGCUACAGCAGUGCCAGGAGGUCCCGGAGCGUCAACCGCAGGCACAGGCGAAGUCGCAGCACCUCUCGGUCUCCAAAGAAGAAGGUGUCCAAGUCUCCCUCCCCUAGACGCCAUAAGAAGGAGAAAAAGAAGGACCGCGAAAAAGACCGAGACAGGGACAGGAGGGAGGACCGGGACCGGAUCAAAGAAGAAAGAGAACGCUCACCCAGCAAGAAGAAGAAGAGCAAGGACAAGGAGCGAGAUCGGGAUCGCAAGUCUGAAAGUGACAAAGGAGAUGUGAAGGUGACCCGGGACUAUGACGAAGAGGAGCAAGGUUAUGACAGUGGGAAAGGAGAGGAAGCUGAGGAUGAGAGAAAGAGCGACUCCGAUUCGGCCUCCUCCCCCAAAGCUCGCGAAGACGCGGACAGAGAGGAGCCUCAAGCCCCUAAAAAGUCUAAACUCAAUGGAGAUGAUCACCACCACCAGGACGACAUGGAGAUGAGUGACUAACCGUGUCUUUCCACUGUCUCUUUUAUAUUUUUAUUAUGGGCCACAAUAGGUCUGUGCCUGAUUACAGGGUUAAAGAAAUCUCGACUGUAGCGGAGCUGCAGACAGAAGUUUAGACAAACCCGUUUUUGUUUUUACAUGGAAAACAUUAAACAUGGAUUUUAACCGUCAUUUUCAGUUUUUGUUCUUCCUGACAGGAAAAACACUGAACAUUUUUAUUGAAUGUUUUCAUAAAUAUUGUUCUCGAUUCUUAUUGUGACUCACCCAGAAGUGUUUUUUUUUUUGUCCUCAUGGAGCAGGCUUUGUUUUACUGUAAUGCACUGUCAUGUUUGCAUUUUUAAGAACACACUGUAGAUAGAAAUGUGAUGAUGCAAUGGAACGUAACGUAAGACUUUUCAAAGGAAACAAAGAAUUGGAUCAAAUGUUAAAACAUUUUGUGUAAACAAUAAAGAAGUUUCCAGUUUAUUAACA